CGAGUGCGUAGUGCAAUUAACUAAUUAAUUUCGCUCCAAUCAGCCAAAAGAAAAUGUUUCAUUUACGAAGCACACUAGUGGUUCUGGCGGUGACGUUGGUCAUGGCCUUGGCAGCCAGCAGCACCAAGGAAGAACAGCAGAUGAUCAAUCUGAUCGAUGAAAUCGACGGCGAGUCUAGUUUUCCGCUGUUCGGUGGAUUAAGCAUCGAACGGGACGAAUCGGCCGAUGGUCGGUCCUUUGCAGUUACCGGCGAAGAUUUGGCCGAUCGUGUCGUUCGGUAUCUGAAUGGACACAGCGUUAAGUUCAACAUCCCGGCCGCAGAGGACAACGAGGGUCGGGCAAUGGAAGCUCGCAGCAGUCGCCUGAAGAAAGUGUUCCUUCCGCUGCUGCUCGCACUGAAAUUGAAGAUGUCGAUCGUCUUGCCAAUCCUGCUCACCAUCAUCAAGCUCAUCUCGCUGAAGGGACUGGUCGCCGGUUUAUUGGCACUGAAAUUCUCCAUCUUCACCUUCCUGAAGGAUCUGUUUAACAAGAAGCAGGAACGUGUGACCACUGCCUACAUUACCAGUGCGCAGCCGGUGAAUGCCGAAAUCGUCCACCAGGACUGGCACCGCAACGGUCAGGCUUCACCCCAGGAACUUGCCUACGGUGCCUACAAUCCGUACGCUACUCUGCAGUGAAGCAACGAAGAGGUCGACGAAAAGCUACUUCAUCCUAUCUGAAAACCAAAAAUGACCGGCACGCGAAUGAUUGCAUCGAUUCAACCGACGAGGGCUUAUUUAUUUAAUUUAUUACAUGGCAUCUUUCAUUUCAGUUCUCAUUUUGUGGUCAUAAAAUUCAUUCUCCAUUUCAUUGUUGUUUGUUACGAAUCGUUGUUGAAUGAGUAAAUUUUAAAAUAU